UUGAAACAUUAAAGAGUAUUUUUAUAAGAGCUAUUUAAGACAAUUCAUCUUAAAGCUAAUCGUAACCUUUCUGGUUAUUCCAGCAAUUGACGUUUCGAACAAACAAAUCUUACGUUUUCAAUACAGAAUGUAAAUAGUUUGAAAAUAAGCAUUGAAUUCAAUGCUGUUCCAAAAGAAUUCAAUACGGAAUGACAGCAGUGGGAACAGUGACAGUAAUAGCUGUGGAAAGAUACAUAAUCCUGUCCAGACAUUAUCAGUCAGUGGGUCUAACUAAAGAAAAAGCCGUAGCGUGCAUCGUGUGUAUUUGGAUUUAUUCACUGAGUAUGAGUUUACCUCCUCUGUUCGGCUGGAAUAGAUAUAUACUAGAAACACCGGGUAUAGCUUGUUCUGUGGAUUGGGAAACGAAAUCUGUAACCAACACUUCCUACAUCAUUUAUAUCUUCAUUCUUGGUUACUUCGCACCCGUCCUGAUUAUGGCAUCCUGUUACGGCAAAGUCAUAUACAUUGUUUGUAAGGGACCAAAGAUGAUAAAGAAUAAGAAGAAAGCAAAAGCUGAACAACGAGUGACAAUGAUGGCAGCAGCUAUGGUAGUUUGUACUCUAACUGCUUGGACACCUUACGCAGUGGUAUCAUUAAUGGUAACUACAGGAUAUUCCCAUCUCAUAGGUCCCAUAGCGUCAGUAGCACCGGCCAUAUUCGCCAAAACUAGCGUUAUAUACAAUCCAAUUGUAUAUUUCUUCUUAAAUACUCAAGUUAAUAAAUCUCUUAAGAAAAAGUUUCAAAGAAGGUCUAUAAGAGAGAGAAAUGAAGAUUUUUCUGUAACUACUAAUUAUUUUUAUACAGUGGAUAGCAUCAAGCCAACUGUAGCAGUAGCAACGAGUGUUCCAAUUAAAUCCAAGAAAUCUCUCAAAACUGACACUUCUAAAGUUUAAAUAAAUAUUAAAUAUAAAGUAAAAUUAAAUAAAAAAAUAUA